AUGGAAGCAAGAAACCACACAGAGGUAUCAGAUUUCCUCCUCCUGGGUCUCUCAGAUGAUCCUGAACUACAGCCCCUUCUCUGUGGAGUGUUCCUGUCCAUGUACCUGGUCACCGUGCUGGGGAACCUGCUCAUUAUCCUGGUCAUCAGCUCUGACUCCCACCUCCACACGCCCAUGUACUUCUUCCUCUCUCACCUGUCCUUCACUGACAUCUGUUUCACCUCUACCACCAUCCCCAAGAUGCUGGUGAACAUCCAGACACAGAGAAAAAACAUCUCCUACAUGGGAUGCCUCGUUCAGGUGUAUUUCUUUAUGAUUUUUGCUGGAAUGGAUGAUUUCCUUCUGACUGUGAUGGCCUAUGACCGAUAUGUGGCCAUCUGUCACCCCCUGCACUACACAGUCAUCAUGAACCCACGCCUGUGUGGCCUUCUAGUUCUAUUGUCUUGGUUCAUCAUAUUCUGGGUCUCCCUGCUUCAUAUUAUACUGAUAAUGCGACUGACCUUCUGUACAGGCACUGAAAUUCCACAUUUCUUCUGUGGACUGGCUCAGAUUCUCAAGGUGGCCUGCUCUGACACCCUCAUCAAUAACAUUGUAUUGUAUGUAACUACUGCCCUCCUCGGUGUGUUUCCACUCAUAGGAAUCCUGUUUUCUUACUCUCAGAUUGUCUCCUCCCUAGUGAGGAUGGCUUCCACUAAGGGCAAGUAUAAAGCAUUUUCCACCUGUGGGUCUCAUCUUUGUGUGGUCUCCUUGUUCUAUGGGACAAGCCUGGGUGUCUAUCUAAGUUCUGCCGUGACCCAUUCUUCCCAGGGAAGCUUGAUUGCCUCAGUAAUGUACAUUGGGGUCACUCCCAUGCUGAACCCCUUUAUUUACAGCCUGAGGAACAAAGAUGUAAAGGGGGCCCUCAGAAGGCUCCUCAGCCAAGCAGCCUGUUGUCCAUAA